CAACAGUCAAACUACAAGUGAACGUGCGUGUGAGUUCAAGCGGCACGCAGUCUCUUUAGCACAAACACCGAAGGCUCAGUAUAGGCGGGCGCUUUACCCUCACCUUGUCAGUAAGCAGUUGUUUCGGACCAACGUUUUUAUUAGUCCACUGUUUUAACCUUAACGUUUAUUAUUUUGAACACACAAUGGCAGAUGCGAGAGCUUCUAUCGUUGGUGAACCAGCCCUUGCUAAUGGAUUGACCGAUCUCAAAAAGAGUACGCCGGAGCCAGUAUCGUCGAGGUUAAAAAGGAUUGUUGUGGCAAAUUUGCUUGUGAUACUGACAGUAACUGCUGUCAUCAUUGGCGUUUUUAUUGGACUUGGCGUGCGAAACGCAAACCUGAGCCAAACGCAGAUCAUCUACUUUGGUUUUCCUGGAGAACUGCUAGUUCGCCUGCUGAAAAUGAUCAUCAUUCCGCUGGUUGUGUGUAGCCUUGUGUCAGGAGCUGCUAGCAUUGACCCCAAAGCCUUGGGCAAACUUGGUGGCUGGGCCAUGCUGUUCUUUUUAGUGACCACGCUUAUUUCAUCAGCUAUCGGUGUUAUUAUGGCGUUCAUUAUCAAGCCUGGUUCAUCUGACGGCACCAAACUUAAAGUCGCUUCAACAGACGCCCACGUCCCUGAGGCCAAGGAGGUGGUCGACUCCUUUUUAGACUUAAUAAGAAACAUUUUUCCUGCCAACUUGGUGGCUGCUGCUUUUCAGUCUUAUGCUACUGGUUAUAAAAUUGUGAAAAACAAUAUGAAUACUACCAAUGUGACUUUGGAAAAGGUUCCAGUGGGUACAGAUGUGGAUGGUAUGAACAUCUUGGGCCUAAUAGUGUUUGCCAUGGUAUUUGGUGUAGCAUUGAGGAAGCUGGGAGAGGAAGGAGAAAUUCUCAUAAAGUUCUUUAACUCCUUCAACGAAGCUACCAUGGUGCUGGUGUCUUGGAUCAUGUGGUAUGCUCCACUGGGUAUCAUGUUCUUAGUGGCUGCUAAGAUUGUUGAAAUGGAAGAUGUAGGAAUGCUGUUUGCCAGCUUGGGGAAGUACAUUGCCUGCUGUGUAGUUGGCCAUGCAGUGCAUGGCUUACUCAUCCUGCCGCUCAUUUACUUUGUGAUCACUCGGAAAAACCCGUACACCUUCCUCCUGGGCCUGAUUACCGCUCUGGCUACAGCUUUUGGAACCUCCUCCAGCUCUGCAACGUUGCCUCUUAUGAUGAAGUGUGUGGAGGAGAACAACGGAGUAUCCAAACACAUCAGUCGCUUCAUUCUGCCCAUCGGUGCCACAGUCAAUAUGGAUGGAGCUGCCUGUUUCCAGUGUGUGGCUGCUGUCUUUAUUGCCCAGCUGAAUGAUAUUCCGCUCAACUUUGUCCAGGUCAUCACCAUACUAGUGACUGCCACAGCAUCCAGUGUGGGAGCCGCAGGGAUCCCUGCUGGAGGUGUGUUGACAUUGGCUAUCAUCCUGGAGGCAGUCGGAUUACCCACUAAUGACCUCUCGCUCAUUUUGGCUGUGGACUGGCUUGUUGACCGUACCUGCACAGUCAUCAAUGUGGAGGGUGAUGCUUUUGGGGCGGGGCUACUGCAGUACUUCACAGAUCGGACCAGUAAAAGAGAAGGGAUGGAGCUGAGUGAGGUGCGGUUGGGUGAGGAGGAAGGUCCCUCGAAGACUGAGGGCUCUCCGCUCAUUGGAAAACAUGUUGAACUGGAAGUCACUGGACCAAGGCCCUGUGACAAGGAGUCUGUCAUGUAGACUGGCCAAAUGUUUGAUUAUAAAUGUAUCUUUCUGCACCCUGUUCUUUGUAAAUCUUCUUCUACUCCAAGGGGGAAAUAGAGUUUAGAUUUUUGGGAAGGGGAAAAAAUUAAGGCAACAUCCAUUGUAUCUCUUAGUUCAGUUCCUUGUAAAAAGAGUCUGUCCAAAUCUACACACGAAAGUGCCAGGAGAGGAAUUUUUCAAACGGAUAAUUUUUUCUAAAAUGAUUGUUUUAUUGGAAGCUUGGUCCAUAGAUUUUAUUUAUUUUUCUUUAUUUGUAACUGAUACUUCAAAUUGUGUUUUUGUUUUUUUUUUUCUCUGUUGAAUAUCUUUUUAAUGGACUGGUCCUGGUUUUGUCUUGUAUGAAACCUUUUUGAAGUGACAAUCUGAUGCCUGAUGAGAGAAUGAAAUCUGUUUUUGUUUGCACAAAUUUCUUAGUGGAAUGACUUUCAAGUGUAAAAAAAUUGUUUUCUUAACAUCUGUCUUGUCUGAAAUAGGUUCUUUCAAGGCUGCACACAAGAACUGCACCAAAUUAAGCUGAACUUGACUGUAAAGGCUGCAUCACUCCUGUAAGAAAAAAAACUGUAGAAUCAGUUUUGUUUUCACAACUUUACUAAAGUCCUUACUUCUUUGAAUUGGGCAAUUUCUAUUCUCAAAAAUGACACUUAAAACAUUAAGUGUAUUUAAUAUAUUUUUUUAAGAUGUACUUUUUUGCAUAAUUUAAUUCUAUUGUAAGUAUUUUACCAUUACUUUUUGUACAAGUGUGUUAAUCAUACACUCAGAAAAAAAAGGUACUGUACUGUACUGUACUCUCAAGGGUCUUCAGUACUUUUAGUUAAGGAACAUAAUUGUACCAUAUUCCAUUGCAGUUAUGUUUUUUAAUUUGUAUUGACUUGUCUCCAAGCUUUAUUUUUUAUUGUUUUAUGUAUUUAUUGUUUUAUUAUAAAACAUUAGAUUAUGAAAAGAUACAAAUACCUAUAUCUGUCCUGGGGAAAUCAGUAUUUAUGAUACACAGUCAGAUCACUGUUCUACCUUUGAUAGUACAUUUACAUUGUGUGUACCUUGAAUAAAAAAUGUACCUGUACAGUACCUUUUUUUUUCUGACAGUGUAUAUUAUUUUUCAAAGUAAGCCAAAUAACCUCUCACUGACUUCUCUUUCAAAACAAAUUACUGUUAUAUUUCCUACUUUUAGGUACACUCCUGCUGUUUUUUAAACUUUAUUACAAUGCUAAAGAUUCUUGUCUAUCACAUGCUGGCUUUAAACAGACAGAAGCUUAUUGCUGAUUGCCAUGCAAAUAUUUGUUAACAGGGUGAUAGAUCCCAAAACAUCUCAGAUUUGACAAUCAUUCGAAACACCCACGUUACCUUUAUUGAUAAUUAUUGAGCUUUUUUGCAAUAUGUUAACUUUUCUACAGACACCAGCAACUGUACCUCCCAUUUUAGCCUAUAGUCAGUACUGUUCAGGGAUGCACAUACAUACCAAAGCAUUGAGUGUCUACCUUUCUUUUGUCUCUUUGUUUUCAUUUCAGUCAGUCAUCGUUCAGUGUAUAUUAUUAUGUAUAAUGAUUUAAUUAGUCUUCAGGAUAUAUCAUAAAUGAUCACUGGAUUUUAGUAGUUAAAAUUGAAAACUCUGAAAUGUGUCAUAAGAGUUAACCAUGUGUGCAGUGGUCUUAAAGGCUUGUCAUUCCAAAAUGUAGUUCAGUAGACUGCCAGUGUUCUAUGUGCAAGAGUUGGUAAUUGUGAUGGCUAGAGCCAAAGAAAGUGUGUUGCAGAGUGCACACCUUACUGGCUUUAGAAUAAAGUAUUUUGUAUUUAA